UUAUCGACGUUCCUGCAAUUCGGAAAACAAUAUGGGAAAUAUUUUGUUUUACCUUGGCGUCAAAUGUCCAUAGCAGUAAAUCCGAAACAAAUGAAUAGUGCUAAACCAAAAACAGGUAUUUUAAUGUUAAAUAUGGGUGGACCCACUACUACUGAACAGGUGCAUGAGUAUUUGCUACGCAUAAUGACUGAUCGUGAUAUGAUCCAACUACCAGUUCAAAGUCAAUUGGGUCCUUGGAUAGCAAAACGUCGUACACCUGAAGUACAAAAAAAAUAUGCUGAAAUUGGUGGUGGAUCUCCUAUUUUAAAAUGGACAAAUAUGCAAGGUGAACUUUUAUGCAAACAGUUGGAUAAUGUUUCACCAGAAACUGCACCUCAUAAGUAUUAUGUUGCUUUUCGAUAUGCCAAUCCUCUUACUCAGGAUACAUUACAAGAGUUAGAGCAAGAUGGCCCUGAACAUACAAUAAUAUUUUCUCAAUAUCCACAAUAUAGUUGUGCUACAACUGGAUCCAGCUUUAAUGCAAUAUAUAAGUAUUAUAAGAAAAGGCAACUACCUCCUAGUAUGAAAUGGAGUGUAAUAGAUAGAUGGGCAACACACCCGUUAUUAAUAAAGACAAUUGCUGAAAGGAUUACGGAAGAAUUAGUUCAAUUUCCUAAAGAAAUAAAGGAUGAUGUUAUAAUUUUAUUUUCAGCUCAUUCACUUCCAUUAAAGGCUGUAAACAGAGGAGACCCCUAUCCAUCUGAAAUCGGGGCAACCGUGGCUUUAGUAAUGCAAGAAUUGAAUUACUGUAAUCCAUACAAUUUAGUAUGGCAGUCGAAGGUUGGUCCUUUGCCUUGGUUGGCACCUUUUACAGACGAUGCUUUAAGAGCGUACGUAAAACAAGGGAAAAAGAAUUUUAUAUUAGUCCCUGUAGCUUUUGUUAACGAACAUAUUGAAACACUUCACGAAAUGGAUAUCGAGUACUGCAAAGACUUAGCCCAUGAACUUGGUAUCGAAAGAAUAAGAAGAGCUGCCGCUCCAAAUGAUCACCCUAUGUUUAUAGAUGCUUUGACAGAUAUUGUUCAUUCUCACAUGAAGUCGAAGCGAUCGAUAAGCCCAAAGUUUUUAACACGUUGCCCACAUUGUGUAAAUGAAAACUGUUUAAGAAGUAAAAAUUGGUAUGCGCAAACAUGUAAAUAUUAAAAUGAACAGAAGCAAAAAUAAUGUAUACAUCAUCUGUAAUAAAUUACCU